UCCUCGUACGUAUGCUUUACAUGUCGGCCUGUUUGGAUCGGGGAGUCGACAUUUCAGAACUAUCCUACUCUCUAAACUCGAGCAAGUUUUAUCGGAUUCGGCAAACGAAGUAAUUUCAAUGCAAUCAGAGCCGGACAGUUGAGAUUUCGGCUGGAAUCAUUAUUCAAAAGAUUCAAAUUUCGCCGUUAUCGCAGUUUAUACAAAGUUGAGCUGUAUACACCGCUGUACUUAAUUUCCGAUUUUACCACACGGACUGCUCGUAAGGACUAUAUCGUUAGACUUGUUCAUCAGCAGUUUAUAGUUCAUUAUUCCUCAAUUAAUUUUUUGUCGAAAUAACUUGAUGUGCCCAGAACUAAAGGUAGUGAAUGACGUCAUUGAUCCGCACUGAAAGGCCUACUGCUUGACUAUACACAUAACGUUACGAACACCAGUUUCCCAGAAGGUUGAUUCCUAGACGAAUCCAAGAUGCCUGUUUCCAUUGGAGAAUGGCGGGUGCGGAUAGGGAGAUUCAUACAUAGGGGCAGGGAAUACGACAUAAGAGAGCGAAAAGAAAAGUUAUUGAAGGAGAGAAUCCGACUACUCAAGUUAUUGGAAAAGAGGCUCCUUGAAAAGAAGGAAAAAUCAGAAGGUGAAUGCGAGUCCAAGCAAAACGACUCGAGCGCUAAAGUGGAAAACGCCCCAAAUGAAUCUAGCAUCAUUAAUAAGGACAUGCCGACUGAUUCUCACAAAGAAGACAGCUGCAGUGGAAGUGAAUGUACAAUUGAAGAGAACACAACUCAAACGGAAUCUACCACAAAUCAUAAGAGCAAUGGAACUGUCUCUACAUUCCCUUUUUUCUUCACUUUGUUGCUACCGUUGUUCACUUUGUUGUUAUCCUUGCUCUUCUUCUUCGUCUUUGAUUUUUCAAAUUCGCUAGAGAGUUGUAAGCCUUUUCUGAACUGGGGUCUUCAAUCUACCUGGAGGAUUACAUGUCUCAUAAUAAUAAUCGUGUGCAGCAGUUUUGCCUACAUUGUUUUUUCAUACGUAAUAAAAGGCAAUGAUGACUUGCAGGAUAGUCUGGUGGUAAUAAAGGAUGAGAUUGCAAAAGCUGAAUCUACCAUCAAAGUGAAAAACACUUCAACUAAAACUACUGUCAAAUCAAAUAACUCUCCAACUGAAUCGAACAGUAAUGAAAACAACACCGGAAGUGAAACAACCAUCAAAGAAAACACUAAAUGUACCAAAGAAUGCAACAAAACUCCAAUGAAUGAUACCAUCAAAGAGAGAAACACUCCUUCUAUCAUCAGAGAUGAACCAUCAGAGAAAAAAACAUCAAAGACAACAACAUCAAAUAGAAAAACCAUCAAAGAAGAAAAUACUACAACUAAAUUUACCAUCAGAGAGAAGAGCGCGCUACCUGAAUCUAAAAUCAGAGGCAGAGUUGCCCCAAAAGAAAGUCAUAUCUACACUCUCUCUACCAUGACAGACAAACCGCCAAAGAGAAAAACACCCAAGAGAAAAACAUUAACAUCAAAGAGAAAAAUGUCUAAGAAAAAAACCGCCAAAGAGAAAAAGAGAGCAACUAAAACUACCAGCAAAGCAAACAACUCUCCAACUGAAUCGAAUAUUAAAGAGGACAACAUGCUAAGUGAAUCUACUAGCAAAGAGAAAAUUACUCAAACUAAAUCUACCUUAAAAAAGGAUAACACUAUCAUUACUGAAUCAAUAAUCAAAGAAAACAACUCUCCAAAUGAAUCUAACAUGAAGGACAACACCAUUACAACUGGAUCUACCAUCAAAGAAAAAAGUGCUUCGACUGAGUUUUUCAUCAAAUACAAAAGCACUUCAACUAAAACUACCAUAAGAAACAACUCCUCAAAUGAAUCUACCAUCAAAGAGAACAACUCUCCAACUGAAUCUACCAUCAAAGAGAACAACACUCCCUCUGAAUCUAUCAUCAAGGAGAACAACACUCCCUCUGAAUCUACCAUCAAAGAGAACAAGAACAACACUCCAACUGAAUCUACUAUCAAAGAGAACAACACUCCAACUGAAUCUACCCUCAAAGACAACAACACUCCAACUGAAUCUACCAUCAAAGAGAACAACACUCCCUCUGAAUCUAACAUCAAACAGAACAACACUCCCUCUGAAUCUACCAUCAAAGAGAACAACACUCCAACUGAAUCUACCACCAAAGAGAACAACACUCCCUCUGAAUCUAACAUCAAACUGAACAACACUACAACUAAAUCUACCAUCGAAGAGAACAACACUCCAACUGAAUCUACUAUCAAAGAGAACAACACUCUAACUGAAUCUACCAUCAAAGAUAACAACACUCCAACUGAAUCUACCAUCAAAGAGAACAACACUCCCUCUGAAUUUAAUUUCAAAGAAAACAACACUUCAACUGAAUCUACCAUCAAAGAGAACAACCCUCCAUCUGAAUCUACUAUCAAAGAGAACAACACUCGAACUGAAUCUACCCUCAAAGAGAACAACACUCCAACUCAAUCUACCAUCAAAGAGAACAACACUUCCUCUGAAUCUAACAUCAAACAGAACAACACUCCAACUGAAUCUACCAUCAAACAGAACAACACUCCAACUGAAUCUACCAUCGAAGAGAACAACUCUCUAACUGACUCUACCAUUAAAAACAACGACCGUUCAAGUGAAUCUACAAUCAAAGACUACAAUUCUACAAUUCAAUCUAUCAACGAAAAGAACAACACUACAGCUGAAUCCUCCAACAAAGGCAGUAACUCUACAAAAGAAAGUACCAUCAAAGACAGCAACACUCCAACUGAAUCUACACACGAAGAGAACGACACUUCAACAGAAUCUACUCUCAAAGGAACCAGCUCUACAACUUCUAUCAAAGACAACGGCUCUCCAACUGAAUCUACCAACGAAAGCAACAACCAUUCAAGUGAAUCUCCCAUCAAAGGCAACAACUCUAGAAGUGAAUCUACCCCAAAAGACAGCAACACUACAAGUAUAUAUGCUAUUAAAGAGAAAAACACUCCUUCUAGAACUCCCACUGGAGAGAGAGACAAUCAACCCAUGAAAGUGAACAGCGUGCAGGCAGAAUAUACCUUAGGAUCCGGAACCCAAAAGGUACCCUCAGACGGAAAACACAGUAUUUCGAGUCAGAUUCCAAGCAGCCUGAAAGGAAACACUGAUGAUCCUGUCAUGCAAGAGAGCACCUGCCUCCCUGAAAUGAUCCUGGUCAAGGCUGGAGAUGUAGAACAAAAUCCAGGUCCAUUCGACAGGUCAGCAAAUAUUCAAGAACAAGAACUGGUAAACCUGGCGUACGAUGUACCUUCAUCAAAAUACGCAGAGUUGUGCAUUGCACUUGGUGUAUCCUACAAUCAGAGCCAAACCAUUCUUGACAGGCAUCUCUUUGAUUUAACGAGAUCACUGAAUGCGGUAUUCUUUCAGUGGAGGGAAAGACAGAGGGAUGGCACAGAUUGUCGUCAAGUUAUUGCUGCAGCGCUUCGUGGUGUUGACCUGGACGCACACGGUGAAAAAAUGUCCAGAGUCGCCCUGCACUACAAUGAUGUCUUUCUUUGGCAUCUGGUCUAUGACUUUUUGCAGAUGAUCAUAGAAGUCUUCAAUGACAUCGUCAACAUAGUGGCUAUCUCCCGCAAGAAGCAGCUUCAACUGAACACUACAUACUAA